AUGCUCCUUACCCAUACUAUCCUCCUACUAGAUGGGAAAUCCCAUCCGGUCACCCACGGGCAAUGGAUUCAUCUUGUUAUUAUUGGCCACCAAGCUGUGGAACUUGGCCGUACAAUCAUGAUAUGCAUCAUUCGCAUCCUUCUGAGUUCCAUUGCUGCUGCAACCGAACAUAUCCUCCUGAUUACUACAGUUUCAGACCCCCAUUCCCUCAAGAACUUCCACCGCCUCAUUUAUACUAUCAUGGGCCAUUUCCACAGCACCCGAAUGCAUGUCCUUCUUACUUUGUCCCAUCACAUCCCUACCCUGUUGAUCAUACACCAUAUGGUUAUGACAAGUUCAAGAGCCAUUGUUGUGGAUGAAAUCAUGUGUGCUCUGGGGCUGAGAAGAGCACUCAAGUAUCCGUUCAUAUGGCUGCCAUCAGGCAAUAUUAAAGGCAAGGAGAAUGGAGAGCAUUAUGAAUUGUCACCUCAGAUUUUAAAUGAAUGGGCUCCUGAGAAUAGCAAGAGAUUAGGGGAUGUGAAGCAACAAGAGCAAGAUAAUCUGAAGGGGAAACAGUUCCAGUGGCCAGUAGUUUGGAUGCCAGCAGGAUAUGAUGCGCCGAAGCAAAAGGCUAAAGAGAUGAAUGACACGGAAGAGACCCCAAAAUCCCCAAAGAUUUCUGAAGAGGCUCCUCAAUCACCCAAGAUCAAGAUCAUUCCCCUGUCUUGGUUUGAGAAUGGUCAUCAACAUGAUCAGAAACCGGCUGCCAGAAAUGGCUCUGGAGACCACAACAACAGAUCAGCAGUGAAGAACCAACCUGUGGUUACUGAUCAUCUAGACAGCAUGACACUGGAAGGAAACCCGAAAACCACUCCAGCUGUGCCCAAGAGUGCAAACGAUGAGAAGAAACCUCUAAGGGAAAACUGCAAGACCACUCCAGUUGUGCCAGAGAAAGAGAUUAAUGAAAAGAAGGCCAGUACUUACAGGACCAUUCCAGUCAUGAAAGAAAAUGAUGAGAAGAAGAUUGGCAUGAGGGAAAAGAAAGAGACAAAGGAGGCAAACAGUGCUGAAAAGGUAGAAGAAAACAGGAAAACAAAACACAGUGACUCAUCAAUAGCUAAGCAUUCAAAAUUGCCCCCAGUAUGCUUACGUGUGGAUCCCUUGCCAAGAAAGAAAUCUGGAAAUGGUUCUUCUAGGUCUCCUAGCCCACCAACAAGGAAGGAUGCUGGCAACGCGAAGGACAUGAAGGACGCCCGGAGCCAGAACCUGGAGCCUAAACAGUCUGGUACAAGUAAUCAUAUCACUGUGUCCGAGGUGAAAGAAAAGUCGCCUUAUGAAAUGAAGAAGGAAAUUGGGUUUAGCAAUGAAACAGAGCAAGCUGCUGCUGUUGAACAUUCACAGAAGGAAGAAGUUCUCACGAGUAAAGAUGACCAGAAGGUACAAGCUGGUAGCACUAUAGUUGGCGCUCAAGAAAAUACAGGGGCGAAGAGCAUACAGGGAGGUGAUGUGCAAGAAAAUGCUGGUGCAGGGAGCUUGAAUGGAUGUGACAAAAGCAAAAAUGAAGAUGGGACGGUGAUUGAAAGUGAAGCUGCAAAAGAUGAUGCUAGCACAUAUAGAGUUAAUUUGUCAGAACCAGAUGCGGCAGUCCGUAUUCAGUCUGCAUAUAGAGGGUAUGAUGUUCGAAGAUGGCAACCUUUGGAUAAGCUCCGGAAGAUCAGGCAUGUGCAUGAACAGAUGCAAGGUGUGAAGAAGCAGCUUCAAUGCCUUGAAGAUUCUUGCAAUAAGCCAACACAAAAAGAGCAAGUGGCCAUUGGUGAAACUAUUAUGAAUUUACUCCUGAAGCUUGACACAAUCCAGAGCUUGCAUCCAAGUGUAAGGGAAGCUAGGAAGUCUGUUGCUCGAGAACUGAUUUGCUUGCAGGAGAGGCUUGAUACUCUAUGCAGAGCACCAUCUGGGGAGUUGGAUCACACAAAUAGUAAUGAUGAUGAAUCUGAGAGGACCGAGAGCAUUAUCCAAACUGCAGCUCCUACUGUAACAACUGAAGCUUCUGAUAGACAGGAAAGAGCGGUUGAAAUGGGUAAGAUAGAAGAACCAUCUUCAGUGACCAUGGAGCCAUGCAACGCAGUUCCAUCUGGAGUUUCCUGGGAGGUGAGGCCAGAUGCAGACUCCAGUGAGGAGAAGAAUGAAAAACAAGAGUCAUGUAGCACCACAGUGGACGAAGCACAUGAAGAAGGGAAAGCUGAGGGACAUAUUGAAUUUCAGGUAGCAUCAUCGAUGGAUAUGAUAAGUGAUGAAGCUUUUACAGAACAUCCCACUGACAACCAGGAGCACGGAAUUGGAGAAUCAAAUGUUAAUUCAGUGGAACAAGUGACUGAAGAAGAGAAACCAGCAGCUGAGGAUGAAGUAAAAGAGUCGUCAUUAGUGAAUUCCACGGCGCCAUUGUAUGAUACAGCUUCGUCAGGGGAUUCUAGUGGACUGAAACAAUACACAGCUUCAACCGAUCAGAAUCUCGAUGCUGAAUCAAAUACAGGGUUUUCUCCUGCAUCCACUGAGGACAUUGACAUAAGUGCUCUGACUGCAUCUGUGGAAAGUGAACUGGCAACUGAGAAAGAUGGCCCCGUUGACAGUCAGGUGCAUGAAACUGCAGCUCUAGAAAAUGUGGAACUGAAAGAUGAUGUUUCUUCUGCUGAAAAUGAGCAUAACAAAUCGAGCAGCCCUGUUGUUCAUUUGGAGGAUCCACUGGUACCUUUGAAGGACGUAGAGCAGCAUGGUCUAACUCCUGCAAAGAACUUUGUUGUGUCUGAAACAGAAGGUCAACAAGAAGCCAGGGAUAUCAGCUUGCAGGUACAAGCUGUGGAUUCCAUUGAAGAUUCAGGCAAAGUACCAGAUGGAACCACAGAGGCUUCGACCAAUGAUGAUUUAGAACUGGAUACUUCUGCAGAUGUAGAAAAGCAUGAUCAACCUACCAUGCUGGAACCAAGAUUGGAGUCUGUCUCUGCCCCAUUACUAACUGUCUUGGAUGAGUCUGACGAUGAAAUGCAAUGUGGUGUUUCUGACAAGGAUGAGGUACCACAUGUGGAUGAGAAAACUGAAACUAGUGUUGACAAGGUAACCGGAGGUUCUGCAAAUUGCGAGGAUCCUCUUUUUGAGGCAUCCAUGAAGGAACCUGACAUUCAGGAGAGUCACCCUAGCCAUGGAGAAGAGGCAGACGAUACAAUAGGUGAAACAAUCUUCCCUGAUUCAGACAGUUGUGAAUUAUCAUGUCCACACGAUGGUGGAAUCACAGUAUGCGAGGGACCUGAGAUGAAGGUGUCAUCAGAGAACCAAACUGAUGCUCAGAAAGAAAACAUCCAUUCAGAUGUCUCCGAGACAGAUGAAUGCACUAAGACUCGGAAAGCUGCUCCAGUAGGCAUGGAGGGAGAAAUUUCUGCUGAAGAUUCUGAUGUGCGGGUGUCUGAGAUGGACAAAUGCAAUGAGAUGCUGAAGGAAGCUCCAGCACAUGUAACAGGUGCAAAUCCUGCUGAAGAUGAAGCUUCCCUGAAAGAAGACAUCACUGUGCAGACAGAGAACAAGGCUUCUGCCACCCCAUCUCCUGAUGAUCCAAAGGUCAAUGACGAGAAGAAGCUGGCAGAAGAAAACCAGAAGCUGAAAGAGCUUCUGCAGAAGCUUCUCGCGUCCGGCAAUGAUCAGAUGGGGGUCAUCACAGACCUAGGUGAGAAGGUCAAAGCGCUCGAGCAGAAGCUGGCACGCAAGAAGAGACCAAAGGUGAGGGUGCACAGGCCGUCCAGGCAUGCGACUGCCAAAGUCCACUGA